GUUUAACCAGACAGAAGGAUGUGUCUGUGAUAGAGAUUCAAAAGCAGGGGUGUCUCCUUCUCUCUCGAUCUAUCUCAGUAUCAAACUAACUCCUUUCUUUCUAUAAUCUCAUCAUGGAGGGAGAAGGUAUAUCCAAAGCAAAUGAGCAAAAACCAAAGUUCAAAAGCAUAUGUGUAUUCUGUGGCAGCAGAGCUGGACAAAAGGCUUCAUUCACCGAUGCAGCUCUUGAGCUUGGUAAACAGCUGGUAGAAAGAAAUAUUGAUUUGGUGUAUGGAGGAGGAAGUGUUGGGCUCAUGGGUUUGAUCUCUCGGACUGUAUUCAAUGGAGGUCGCCAUGUUCUUGGAGUAAUUCCUAAAGCUCUUUUGUCCCAUGAGAUAUUAGGAGAAACUAUUGGAGAGGUUAAAAUUGUUGCGGACAUGCACCAGAGGAAGUCAGCAAUGUCUAAACAUGCCGAUGCUUUCAUAGCACUUCCUGGUGGUUAUGGAACCAUGGAAGAGCUUUUAGAGAUAAUAGCCUGGGCUCAGUUAGGAAUUCAUGAUAAACCAGUGGGAUUGUUAAAUGUUGAUGGGUAUUACAACUGCUUGCUUACCUUAUUUGACAAAGGAGUUGAGGAAGGUUUCAUAGAAGGUUCAGCUAGAAAUAUUGUGGUCAUUGCAGAUACAGCAGCAGAACUCCUCAGAAAGAUGGAGGAGUAUGCACCAGUGCAUGACAAGGUUGCAUCCAAACAAAGUUGGGAAGUGAACCAAUUAUUGGAGUCUAAUCAAAGUGGGGAAACCCCGACAGCUUAGAUGCUCAAUCCACCAUCAGUUUUUAUGUACAUAACAUGUUCUGGGUUUACUUCUUCAAUCAGAAUGAAAUAGGACAACAAAAGAUAUCCUUCAUCUUUUCUUGUCUUUCUUGACUUAGUUCAGUUAGUUGGUAAUGGAAUUUUUUUUCUUUUUUUUUUUUUGAAAAUAGGUAAUGGAAGUUGGUAAUGGAAUUUGCUCCUAAUUAACUUUUCCGAUGAAU